AAUCAAAACGGCCAUGGCAUUGAAAGCUCUGUCUGCUGUCUUCGGACUUACCUUAGUUGCCAUGGCCAUGUCUGCUCCAAUUACUCUUCUAGCAAACUCUGAGGUAGAUCAAAAUAUUGAUAAUUCCCCUAGACCUUACGAAUUUGGCUAUGAAUUCGGCGAUGGACAAGGCAUGAACCAACAUCGACGAGAAUCUUCAGAUGGAGCUGGUAAUGUCAAAGGCAGUUACAGUUACACCGAUCCUUACGGCGUCUACAGAAAUGUUGAGUACCAAGCCGAUGCUAAUGGUUAUAGAGCUGUCGUUAAAAGCAAUGAACCUGGAUUGAGUAACCAGAAUGCUGCAGAUGUAACUUUCUUGGUAGAGCCUCCACCACCUGGUGCAGUUCUUCAGCAAAACUUACCAGCAGAGGCCGUAGCAAAUGCAUUAUAAAUUGUAUUCUCUUUUCCCAUGAUGAAGAUGCCAAAG